UUUCAGAACGCACGCAAACGACCUGGCAAGGAAAACAGACGCAAUUGCCGAGAUUCUGGCAAGGGCUCUGCAAUGUUGGCAGGAAUGGCUAGAGAAAAAAAAAGCGCAGGGGAGAAAAGUCAACUGGCUACUUGGACGGAGCCGGGACCCUCACUAAUUACGUAUUGUCCACAUCCGUCUCUUACAAGUGGCAAUUAGGGUCAAGUGAAUAAAAGCGCUUGGACUUGGAGAGCGUUAGUAUUUUUGGAGUGCCCGACAAGAUGGCUCUGUGGCUCGUCCAGGGAUACCUGCUUCUGAGUCUCAUCAAAUCGUCUCUGCAAGGAGGAGUUCCUGGAGCAAAUGGGGGUCAAGGAACACUAGGACGUCUCUUUCUUCCAAGUAGUUACUUCCGAGGUUAUGGAGUACCUAGCCAAAUUCCAAGGUCACCAUAUCCCUACAAGUCUGUUCCUGGAGCUGGGACUCUAGGUGCUGGAGUUCCAGGUGCUGUUGUCCCAGGUGUAUAUCCAGGCUAUCAGGGUGCAAGGAGUCAUGGGCUUGGAGUUCUUCCUGGAGUACCAACUGGAACUGGUUUGAAAGCCAAACCAAAUGCUGGUGGUCAAUAUGGAUAUCCAACAGGUUAUGGUAGCUUUGGAGUAGGAGUGCCUGUUGGCUAUCCAGUUCUUUCACCUAAACUUCCAGGUGGCUAUGGAAUUCCAUAUAGUGCAGCUGGAUAUGCAGCUGCCAAAGCUGCUAAAUAUGGAGGCGGUGUACCUGGAGGUGUUCCUGGAGCCGUUCAAGGAGGUCUUCCAGGUGGUGUUCCAGGAGCAGUUCCGGGGGGUUCAGCUGGAGGCACUGUUCCAGGUGGCGUUCCAGGGGGUGUUCCAGGAGGUGUUCCUGGUGGAUAUGCAGGAGCCAAAGCUGCAAAAUAUGGAGGUGCUGUUCCGGGAGGGGUGGCCGGGGUUUCGCCUGGAGCUGGCCAAGGGGUUCUUUCAUCUCUCAUUCCAGGGGGUGUUGCAGGAGGUGUUCCUGAUGGUUAUGCAGCAGCCAAAGCAGCGAAAUACGCAGGUGGCGUUCCAGGAGGGGGGCUUUCAGCUGGAGGCGUCCCAGGCGGCGUUCCAGGCGGCGUUCCAGGCGGCGUUCCAGGGGGGGUUCCAGGUGGUUUUCCAGGGGGUGUUCCAGGGGGUUAUCCUGGUGGAUACGGAGCAGCCAAGGCAGCUAAAUAUGCAGGUGCUGUUCCAGGAGGAUAUACUGGACUUGCAGCUGGAGGUGUUCCAGGGGGUGUUCCAGGGGGUGUUCCAGGAGGAUAUACUGGACUUGCAGCUGGAGGUGUUCCAGGGGGUGUUCCAGGUGGAUACGGAGCAGCCAAGGCAGCUAAAUAUGCAGGUGCUGUUCCAGGAGGAUAUUCUGGACUUGCAGCUGGUGGUGUUCCAGGAGGUGUUCCAGGGGGUGUCCCAGGAGGAUAUACUGGACUUGCAGCUGGAGGUGUUCCAGGGGGUGUCCCAGGAGGAUAUACUGGACUUGCAGCUGGAGGUGUUCCAGGGGGUGUUCCAGGAGGUGUUCCAGGAGGAUAUGCAGCAGCCAAAGCAGCUAAAUAUGCAGGUGCUGUUCCAGGAGGGUAUUCUGGGCUUGCAGCUGGAGGUGUUCCAGGAGGUGUUCCAGGUGCUGUUCCAGGAGGAUAUAAUGGACUUGCAGCAGGAGGUGUUCCAGGUGGAUAUGCUGCAGCCAAAGCAGCUAAAUAUGCAGGAGGUGUUCCAGGAGGAUAUUCUGGACUUCCAGGUGGAGGUGUUCCAGGAGGUGUUCCGGGAGGAUAUCCUGGACUUGCAGCUGGAGGUGUUCCGGGAGGAUAUCCUGGACUUGCAGCUGGAGGUGUUCCAGGAGGUGUUCCGGGAGGUGUUCCGGGAGGUGUUCCAGGGGCUGUUCCGGGAGGUGUUCCGGGAGGAGUUCCAGGAGGAGUUCCUGGUGGAUAUGCAGCAUCUAAAGCAGCUAAAUAUGGAGGUGGUGUUCCAGGAGGGAUUCCAGCACUUCCACUUGCAGCUGGUCUAGGGGGUCUUCCAGGGGGUGUUUCAGGAGGUCUCGCUGGUGGAUAUGCGGCGGCCAAAGCAGCUAAAUAUGGAGGGGCUGUGCCAGGAGGCUAUCCUGGUGGUGUACCUGGAGGCUAUCCUGGUGGUGUACCUGGAGGCUAUCCUGGUGGUGUACCUGGAGGCUAUCCUGGUGGUGUACCUGGAGGCUAUCCAGGGGGUGUACCUGGAGCUGCAUACGGAGGCCUCCCAGCUGGCUAUGCAGCAGCUAAAGCUGCAAAAUAUGCAGGGGCUGUGCCAGGAGGCUAUCUAGGGGGUGUACCUGGAGGCUAUCUAGGGGGUGUACCUGGAGGCUAUCCAGGGGGUGUACCUGGAGCUGCAUAUGGAGGCCUUCCAGGUGGCUAUGCAGCAGCUAAAGCUGCAAAAUAUGCAGGGGCUGUGCCAGGAGGAGUUCCAAGGGGUGUACCUGGAGGCUAUCCAGGGGGUGUACCUGGAGGCUAUCCAGGGGGUGUACCUGGAGGCUAUCCAGGGGGUGUACCUGGAGGCUAUCCAGGGGGUGUACCUGGAGCUGCAUACGGAGGCCUUCCAGGUGGCUAUGCAGCAGCUAAAGCUGCAAAAUAUGCAGGGGCUGUGCCAGGAGGAGUUCCAAGGGGUGUACCUGGAGGUUAUACAGGGGGUGUACCUGGAGCUGCAUACGGAGGCCUUCCAGGGGCUGUGCCAGGAGGAGUUCCUGGUGGUGUACCUGGAGGCUAUCCAGGGGGUGUACCUGGAGGCUAUCCAGGGGGUGUACCUGGAGCUGCAUACGGAGGCCUUGCAGGUGGCUAUGCAGCAGCUAAAGCCGCAAAAUAUGCAGGGGCCGUGCCAGGAGGAGUUCCUGGUGGUGUACCUGGAGGCUAUCCAGGUGGUGUACCUGGAGCUGCAUCCGGAGGCCUUCCAGGUGCUGUGCCAGGAGGUGUACCUGGAGGCUAUCCAGGGGGUGUACCUGGAGGCUAUCCAGGGGGUGUACCUGGAGCUGGAUAUGGAGGGCUUCCAGGUGGUGCAUACAGGUCUGCAAAAGCUGCUAAAUAUGGAGGUGGUCCUGGAGGAACUGGACUUGGAGGACUUCCAGCGGGUUUAUUUGGAGGUGUUCCAGGUGGAUAUGCUGCAGCUAAAGCUGCUAAAUAUGCAGGGGGAGUACCAGGAGGCAUUCUCGGAGCAUUAACUAGAGGCUAUCCUGGAGGUGUACCUGGAGGUGUACCUGGAGGUGUUCCAGGUGGAUAUGCAGCAGCUAAAGCUGCUAAAUAUAGAGGUGCGGGAGGUGCUUUAUCUGGCGGCUUUACAGGAGGCUUAUCAGGUGGAGAUGCCGGGGCUAGAGCUGCUGCGGCUAAAGCUGCAAAAUUUGCAGGUGUGCCAGGGGCAGUUCCAAACACUGGACUAGGAGGUCAACUAGGAGGUCAACUAGGAGUUAUACCAGGUGGAGCAGGUGCAGCUAAAGCAGCUAAAUAUGGAGGUGGCCCAGGAGCUGUGCCUGGAGUUCAGCCAGGGGUCAUACCUGGAGUUCAAACUGGAUCAGUAGCAGGUAUCCCAGGUGAUUUAGCAGGCAGUUAUGCCGCAGCUAAAGCAGCUAAAUAUGGAGCCGGUGGGAUGGGCUUGCAGCCUGGCGGCGGAGUAGGUGUACAGCCUGGCGGAGGAGUGGGUGUACAGCCAGGCCUUGGAUUGGGUGUAACUGGAGUUCGACCCAGCAGUGCUCCUCUGACUCCCCAACCAGGUGGAGUGCAGCCAGGUUUUGGUACUAAAGCAGCCAAGCAAGGGCUUGGGCAAAGAGGUGCUGGUGGAUUCCUACCCUAUUAUCAACCUGCAGGAGUCAGAGCUGGAUAUGGAGAUGGAACUGGACAAUUGGGGUACCUACAGGCUGCAGGCUCCCCAUGUGCAAUGGGCAAAUACUGUGGCAGAAGGAGAAAAUAACCAACUAUUGGAAAAGAAGUGACCUCAAGAAUUCUGGUGCUACUGCCUGAUUUGGAAUGUAAAGGAUGGUGUGUCAUGGAACUCCUCAGCUCCAUCCCUUUCCCUCAGAUACACCUUUCAACCCCCAUUUCAUCUACAUGUGUUAUCAAUAUCUAAUGGAUUUUUUUUUUUUAUCAAGGAAACUCUGUAAUAUGUUGUGUGCUUCAAGAGUUUAGGGACCAGUUUACAGCUGAGUCUUUUGCUGUUAAUCUCAGUAUUAGUUAACACCAUCCUUGACUUGAUUUGUUUUAUUUUGUGACAAUGUCUCCAGUAUUAUUAAAUUAUAAAAAUGGUGUUAUUAAUUUUCAGUUGCUUGGGCUUUGCUUGACAAAAUGUACUGUGAGCAAUGCCUGGAUUAUAUAGCUGGCUAGUAGCUCCAUCCACCCCUACCAUAAUAUUUGGUGCUAAAAAUCAAUUUUUGAGAGUGGCAGCUGUAUUCAUACAAAUGAUGGCUCAACUGAUGCUGGGACCUGAAGUGACCAAUGCAACUUUCACAUAUUAUAGUUCUAAAUGUUUGUGCACAUGGCUGCCAGCACUUUGCACAUGGAGGCCAAAUUACCUUCCUGGCCAGAAUAUUCCUGGAGAGAUUGAUAUGAUUUUUAAAGUUUAUUUGAAGUUUAUGCAAGCUGAGAGACAUUAGGACAGAUUUUCCUUGUCUUCCACUCAAGGCUUCUGAUGUUCAUAUGCACAGAAAACAAGUGCCAGCUAUAUUUCAGGUGUGUGUAUCUCCCCGUCUGAUUUUCCUGUAUCCAUUGCACAUACAUGACUCAAUAGCCCUAGGCUCAGGAAAAUCUGCCCCAGAGUAAUAAAACAUGAAUUACUUCACCAUAGGCAUGGUGUGGCCAGACGUUUACUACCUCCAGGAUUAGGAUUGUUGAAUGAGCUCCAUACGAUUCAACAAUCCGAUUACCUCCACAGCUAGUUUUAACUAAGAUUUUUAUAUUAUUGAUGUCCUCUUAGAAUUCUUCCAACUGAGUUAAUUGCAUAACAUGUAUCCAGGUUACUUUUAUUUUGAAUUUGAAUAAUUUUCCUAAUCCAUUCCAGUUUAUAAAUUUUCCCUGGAUUAGAAAUACAACUUAAUUGUCUUGCUGUUAAAAGAUUGAUCACUGUACAUGGUGUUGUGAAUCCCUGUGGCACUACAUUGUAUCUUGGGCAUCAUCUUUGUGAACAACUAUUUAAAAAUGAGAGGUUAUUUGAACAGAAUCAUAUGCAACUGUUGAAUUGCAUGCAAAUUCAAGCUGUCUGACGUGAAAAUGCAGAAGCCCACCAAAGCCACAAUUGUUAAAUCUAUUAUACCUUCCAGUUUCUGAUCCUUUCCUCUGGUUCCACUUUCUUGGACUCUAUUUUUCUGUUUUAACUCUGUUUCUGGUGGAAAAUAUGAUUUUCAAUUUUCUUGAAAAUAGUGCGGAGAGCAACUUGAGCAUCUUAAGUGUUCAUAGAAGCAAAUGCUGAACAGUUUCUACUUUUAUUGCAACUCACCACUUUGUCCUGCAACUCUUUUAAUAAAUGAGAUUGCUUGAAAUUAUGCUGUCAUAUGUAAUACUUUACAUCAGUUCUGUUGUAAUAAACAUUGUAGCAGAACUUGAGCCCCAACAUUAAUGUAUUGCUUCAGAUUUGGUGUAAUGACCAUCCGCUGUAAACUCUGACUCAAAUACAGGAUGGAUAAUAAUUCAGUACUUGCUUUUAAAAUAAACAAAAUUGUUUACUUUAA